AUGGCCUUGAACGAGAGCUCGCCACUGCUGCAAGGCCGCGCGGCCCAGCAGCAGAGUGGCCGUCCCCCACUGCGUCGUGCGCUGUACGUGAUUGUGCCGCUGGCGCUGGUGGCUAUCGUGACAAUCUGCAUCCUCGUGGGCAGCAACGGCUCCAAGAAAGCUUCAGCCGCGUCCAACUCCGCCCCGGCAGCGACUAAUGCGCCGGCUGAAGUUGAGCUGACCGACUCAGAGCUGCUGACCAUGCGACCGCCAUUCGAGGAGAAGCUGCACCCGCUCCCACCCAAGUUGGUGCGUCGCAAUGACUUCGGCCGUUCGUUGCCCACCAACGAGUUCUGGUCCAGCCUCAUGGUAGCCGACAGCCACGGUCUCAAUGCUGGUGCCGGUGAGGUCACACUCAGCCCCUACACCGUCCGUAGUCUACCCAAGAGACUGGACAUCUCGUACGGAGACUCUCGUCGCGUGGCUACCAAGGACGCUAUCACCGAGUACUUCAACGUGGACGCCAGCUUCACUGCUUACAGUCACAAGGUACUUCACGGCAACGAGACUGGCAGCGCUCUACUGGGUGACGGUAACAGCACGUCGAGAAACAUCGUCGGCUUCGACGUGCUCUCGGUGCUGCUGCAGUAUUACUAUGGAGAGGACAACAAGUGGAUGAAGGUGCCAAUGGUGCGUGGCUCUCCCUACAUCACAGUAGAAUACCAGAAUGUGUUGCCCGUUCUGGAGUUCAAUGCCACAGUGUUCACUAUCAAUGGCGAGCAAGUGGAGCAGAAGGACCCGUUGGCUCCAUGGAAUGAGCUGCAGACGUGGACGAGCAGCCGCUUCGAGCUCGACAUUGAGGUCUACGGCACCGGCGAGAGUGCGCAUGGAACGGGCAAGUCCCAGCAGAAGUGGGUUCUCUACUUUGACAAGGUGCGCACACUUCAGCUGCAAUACGCCAACGAGACGGACUACCGCCCCUACAACUGGCGUGGAGAACUCACCACCCCCACCAACAUUCGUCUGGUGGACACGGAUUUCUACACUGGCGCUGCUCGCUUGGCGGUUGUCCCUCAGGGAGCGUCGCACGCAGCCAUCGAGGCUCUGGAUAAGGCAGCAGCUAUUUAUCCAGUGGGAUCCUCCAUCUCUACGGACGUUAAAGACAGCGAUGCCUCGUUCUCGUUCUGCUGGAAGACAAAGAGAUUCCCUGAUCUUGGAGAACCGAAUUUGAACUCGACGUCGACCGCAGAGCUGCUGAUGAUGGCGAACCCGCACCACGUAGCGACGUUCAAGACUGACAGCAAUGUUUUCCAAGUGCUCGGACAGUUUGGACACCGUACGCUGAAGUCGAACAUGACGGCAGUGCUGGGUAGCUGCUGGGAGAUGCACGAGACGUUGCCGACGGCUUCUUUCCACGAACAAGACGUGCCGAUCCAGCCUCAGUAUCUGGAAGCGAUCAAGGUUGCGCUUGCCAACGACUCGAACUACACGCCCGAGGCCGACGACCCGUACUACUUUGGCAAGGAGAUCGGUCGUCAAGCGCGAUUGGUUCUUAUUGCGGACAAGCUGGACGCGAAGGAGCUUCGUGACGACAUGCUGGACAAGCUGGAAGAGUGGCUGACCCCGUGGAUGCUGGGCCAGAACAGCGACCACUUCGUGUACGACCGCAGCUGGGGCGGCUUGUGUUCUCUCAACGGACUGAAGGGCGUCUUCUGGAUGACAGACUUUGGCAACGGAUGGUACAACGACCACCACUUCCACUAUGGCUACUUCUUGUACGCCGUCGGUGUCGUGGGCAAGUUCCGUCCGGACUUUGUGAAAACGCACAAGGCCGUUGUGAUGUCGAUUGUGCGUGACAUUGCAAGUCCCGACCAGAGCGACACGUUCUUCCCGUUCACUCGCCACUUUUCUUGGUUCGACAGCCACUCGUUCGCUAGUGGCGUCUACACGUUGGACGGUGGCAAGUCUCAGGAGAGUGUGAGUGAAGCCAUCAAUGCCUACUAUGGCGUGUAUCUGGUGGGCAAGUCCUUCAGCGUCCCGGAAGUGGAACACAUGGGUCAUCUCCUGCUCGCUCUGGAGAUCCGCGGCGCCCAGACCUACUGGCAGAUGCCGUCCAGCUCGGAUAUUUACGAGCCGAUCUAUGCUGCCAACAAGAUGACGGGGCAAGUGGCUGCUACGAAGGUGUCGUACACGACGUGGUUCGGUCCGCAGGUGGAGCACAUGCAUCUGAUCAACAUGAUCCCGUUCACGCCGAUCACGGACGCGUUCCUCAAGCCUGCGUACGUCCAGGAAGAGUACCCGAUUCUGCAGCAGCAGGCGUUCGGCCGCGCUCAAGACCCGAUCGAGGACCGCUGGAAGGGCUACGCAUACUUGGACCUAGCUAUCAUCGACCCUGCCGACGCGUGGACAAAGGUCCAGAACAUGACGUUCUUCGACGACGGCAGCUCGCGCACCAACUCGCUGUACUGGAUCGCCACGCGCCCGACGAACUGA